AUGGUGGUAGAUUACGAAAUCCAAAAUUUAUUAUUAUAUUAUGAUGCCAAGAAUCAGUGGCCUUCUGUAUAUAAAAAGAGAAAGUCGUGUAAAGAAAAAGAAUCCGUCCUGUCUAUAAAUAAUAGACAAAUUAUCAAUUUAACAAAAAGUCACCCACAUUCUGGUUGUGUACUACAUAAGGAUAAAGGUGUAUACAGAUGUGUUCACAACAGAACCUUCCUUUCUGCUCGAGAAAGAUGGUGGUUCAUCGCUUUAAGCAACUGUGGAAGCCACAAGGGUCUGAAAUUAAAUUACUCAAUAACUAUGAUUAAUAAUGAAAAUAAUAUAUGGUUCAAGCAUUUUUCUGCUGAUGAGUUCUAUGAAUUUCUAUUUUUUAUUUUAGGUAAAUUAUUAGAAGCUAUAAGCACUCUUAUAUUCCUACUCUUACUCAUUCUAAUUGGGAAAGGAUAUACUGUAACUAGAGGACGUCUACGAUCCAUUACAGCUGCAAAAAUAGCAGUUUUUAUGACUAUAUAUGUCGUUGUAUAUGCUGCACUUUAUCUUUACGAACAGAAAUUUUUUGACCCUGGUGAAGUACUUUAUUUGUACGAAAGUCCAGCAGGAUAUGGCCUUAUAGCAUUGCGAUUAUUAGGAUGGGCUUGGUUUGUCUAUGCAAUAAUAUUUACAUUGAUUCAUUAUCCAGAAAAAUCUGCAUUUUAUACAAGACUCUUCUUAAUAUAUACUUUAUGGUUCUUAUCAGGACCAGUAGUUAUUUUAAUAUCAACAUUUGUUGUUCCCAAAUGGAUGAGAGAAUCUGUCAUUAAUGGUGUGGAAUUGUCUUUAUCUCUCUUGGCACAUUUAUUUUUUUUCAUAUUAACAAGACCUUCUGCUGCAAAUAAGAAUUUUCCUUUUCAUGUUAGGACAACUCAGAUUGGCAUUGAUAAUACUCCUCCUGGGGGGAAUAAUAUUGAUGGAUUUAAUCGUCAUCCGUAUGCAGUAUCCGCCCAAUAUAAUCACACCCCCGACUAUUUGAUUCUAUUUGGAGUUCAAAACACAAUGAAUAGGCCACAAAGGAUAUAUACUGAACCUUCAUUUCUAAAUCAAAAAUCUCCAAGAACAGCUGCCAUCAUGGAACCAACAGAAGGUACGCCACCUCAUAGUGUGAGAGAUGUUUAAUAUUUGCUAUUAAAAAUCUUACCAGGAGAUUUACAGUGAUAAAUAACAAAAUAAUCUAUUUAUACUCCAUGGAAAAUAAAGAAAACAAUGAAUUGAUGUUCAAGAUAAAAGACUGUGAUUAUGAUCCAAACAGUGUUGUACCUAUUAGAAGCAUUUAAGAGAGUUCCCAAAAUGUAAAAGAUACAUUAAUCAUUAGUAUGAAAAAUGAAAAGUAUGUACACUCAUUUAAAGAAGUCCAUCCAUUGAAGCAUCCAUCCCACUCUAACGUUAACAGACAAUCCAUCCAUUUUCUCCAUUUUUCUUAUUUCUACAUCAAUAUAUUUUCAAACAAAUGCAUCAAAAACAAAGAUAUUUUGUAAUGAAAUUAAUCAUUAUCUCGAAAUAAUUAUUAUAAAAUUUAGUAUUGCUCUAAAUAAAACAAUUAAGAAAAAUUGACAAUUUCAAAUAUUUGAAAGCUAUAUUCUUGAGAAUUUCAUAAUUCAAGCAAAACGACCUUUGCACCUUAAAUCUAA